CAAGAAUUUCCCGCGUUUUCAGGGCCUGUCCAUUGCCGCCUGGUGAAGGCCAGAUACUCCCGCUGUUUCUGUGACUGCAUUGCUCGUUCUCUCAAUUGAUUGACAUGCAAAUGGCGUUCCUGUAAACAAUCACCGGAGAUCCUCCGAGUCAUCCAUCAUUACGAGAGAUUCCACAAAUUUCCGAACUCCCAUCGUUAUCUUUCCGAUAGUGUCGAGAGUAUUUGACUUUUAUAUUCGGGUAAAUUAGACUUCACUCGGACAAAUACACGAGUUAGGGCAGGAUAAAAUAACGGGAAGUUGAGAAUCAUUAACCUUUUCGAAGCCAUAUUAGCGACAAUAACACCGACAAGGAGAGAGUCAUUUAUUUGGUGAAGGAUAGACUAAAAAUUGAUAAACAAACGAGACUCGUUAGAUCGUGGAAGAUGAUGGCGAUUAAAUGAAGAGUACAAGUUGGAAGCCACAGCUAAGAUGCCUAGGAGGGAUCGCCACAAAAUCGAUCGGCCUGUUGGCUCGGAGAAGACCUGUGUCUUCUGCAAUUCGUCGGAGGACAAUGAACUGAAAUACGGAAAGAUCCACGAGUACAAUGGUAUCAUCACUCAUUAUUACUGCCUGUUACUCUCCUCGAAUAUGCAGCAGAAGGGCGACGACGACGAGGGAAUCCUCGGAUUCCUCACUCUAGAUAUACUAAAUGAAUUGAAAAGAGGAAAAAGACUGGCAUGCUCCUACUGCAAGAAAAUCGGUGCGACCCUGGGCUGCUGUAACACAAAAUGUAAAAAAAUAUUUCACUUGCCCUGUGGCCUGAAGGCAGGCUCCCUCCACCAGUUUUUCGGUGAAUUUCGUUCAUACUGUGUGAGUCAUCGACCUAAGCAAAAAAUCGACGAGAGAAUCAGGGCCCAAAUCUCAGAUCAGCUGCUCUGCUACAUCUGCUAUGACAACGUCGAUCGAAAUAAUUUAUUCGAAACCCUGUGGGCGCCCUGUUGUAAGAAAAAUGCCUGGUUCCAUCGACUGUGUGUUCAGCAAUUGGCGAUGAGUGCUGGGUACUUCUUCAAGUGUCCAUUGUGCAACAACAAGAAGGAAUUCCAGAAGGCUAUGCUGGAUAAUGGAAUAUUCAUACCAUGCCAGGAUGCCUCGUGGGAGCUAGUACCCAAUGCAUUCCAGGAAUUAUUGUACAGACAUAACAGGUGUGACGCCAGCCAGUGCAUCUGCUCAAAGGGCAGGACCUACACGAGUUCAAAUCCCAAGUGGGAGCUGAUUCUUUGUCGAUCUUGUGGCUCCCAGGGUGUACACGUUGCUUGUGGAAGACUCAAAUGGGGUGAUGCCACUUGGGACUGCAGGGAAUGCUGUGUUAUUCUCAACAAGACGGAGGCGAACUCUGAGGAAACGAGGAUGUCUAGUAAUUCCACACCCUCUGUAGCUGAAUCUACGAAGAAUGAUUCCUGUCAGUCGGACAGCGAGGGCUCGGACUCUGACAUUUCUGUAGGAGUGGAGGAGCCAGUUUAUGGACCGACCCCCUGGCCCACCAACUCUCACACUCCCCCUCAAGCUGCCAUUCGCCCAGGGCCUAAAUCCUUCAAACUGAAACAACAAAAAAUGAUGAGGGAGAUGUCUGAAAGCCAUUCAGAAGGAACGAGUAGCGAAGCGUCUUCAUGGGCCAGAGGUGGAGUUCAGAGACUCCAAAAUCCUUCAUCAUCUAGUAGGCACUGCCAACCCAAUGCGAGAAUAAUACCAGGAAGCUCCACCUGCCCCGAAGAACUCGUCAUCCUGGACAGUGACGAGGAAUUUCUACCAGAUAAAUCACCACCACCAAUAUCUCACAUCACAGAGAACAUGCUGAUGAAAAAUAAUGAAGUCACUAUUUCAUCGAAACCUGUGACGUUAACUAGUAGUUCAACAAAUCAGUCGAUUGGAUACAUUGCCUUUGGGCCCUCGGAUGACCCCACCAUCAUUGGAAACAUUCAAAUGCCCAGUGCAACCUCUCCCUCAGCCCUAUCCCCGAAUCCUACUUUUGCAAAUUAUCCAGAGGCUUUCACACAGAAUCAACCCCCCAAGAGUCCCCUCAUGGCCAUACAAAUCACGAAUGUAACUUCAGUGCCUCUCGAAGAGUUUGGGAAAGUGGAACCCCAGGAUGUACCAGUCUCAUCAACAUUAAACACUACUCCAGAGAUUGUCGAUGUUGAAUCGGAUAACGAGGAUAUAAGCUAUACUCUGUCGAUGGCUCAGCAACUGACACGGGCGAGUACAGAAAUGGAGCAGGGGAAUGUCGAACAACAGACGAAUCGAGAGAAGAGACCAGCACAGACUCUACCAGAGGAUCAGAACGCAGUUGAUGAAAAUUCAACAUCCCAAGUGCCAACAGUGGAUCUAAAGAGACCGAGAACCGACCACCCCUCCGAGAGAGUUCAAAACACACCUCAGUCCAGCAAUCUUCCAGAUAGGCCUUACAUUCAUGGAGUGGCUCUGGAUAGGGCAGCAAUCGUUAACGUCCUGGGAAAGAAAUUCGUCCUUCCACUGACAGACGAAUCUCGGGUCACAGUCAACAAUACGUGGGUACCCAAUUACGACGGGGAUGCAGGCACCAAACCUGCAGGGGAAACGGAGCCAAUCACCAGAUAUCCAAGUGAUCGAGCCGACUCCAUGGAGAUUCGAUCAGGAGCCACAGUAUGUGAUGGCUACGAACCCGCCUCAACUGAUCCCGGAACCAACCUCGACACACCAAUCCACACAGGGGCCAAUACUCCAGCCUCACAUUAUUCAGAUCGACUGAGCAACAAUUCAGUUUCCCUGAAGGAUUUGAAAUUUCGAGUUUGUGGAAGUCGCUCUCUGAAGAUGACUGUUAAUGAUAUAAUUACGAUGAACCUGGAGCUCGACACGGGCCAAUACCGCCGGCCAGGUCCCAAAUGUGCAGUUUGGAGAAGACGCAAUGGAUCUUCGCUGGUACGGCGGUCCUCCCUUGCAGUCCACGAGAGUAGAAAUCAAUCUGAACCUAACAGUAUAGAGAGCCCAACGCGAGAGUCGAGUUCCAAAUUUACGAAGUCUCCAGAACGUCGGAAAACUAACAGCUUGAAGGAGAACUUGGCACCAGAGAUGAGUGACAACGGCUACCUCUCUCCGAGUCCUGAGAGAAAAAUCAAACGACUGAGACUUGACAGCGAGGGAGCCUCGAUACACUUUGAGUCAGGAUAUACAAAAGGUUCCUCCAUUCUCGUAAAUGGGGAUCAUCCAGGGACUAGCAGAGACGGCUUGAAAGAGCUCUCCCACUCGUUGAUUAAUCAGCGGCGGGAAUGUCUCAGACACUCCUCCAAGGUCAGAUCAACUGAAGUCUCUCAAUCAUGUCACAUACCAAAAGAUAAAGAGGGCCUUCCUGUUAGCAUAGAAUUGAGUAGAAUUCAGCCCCUCCUCCUGUCGAAACCAGCAUUAUUCGAGGGAAACGUUACAUUAUUACCUCGUCAAUUAGUUAAAUUCCAUAGCAUAAGUGAUUUGAGGGGCUCCUCAUCCUCUGGGAAUCAUUACAAAGGGUUCCUCAGGCGAACCAAGAGCCUGAACAAUCUGCUAUCGUUGAGCAGUCCAGAGAUUUUUUAUACAAACGUUAAUGAUAAUCAAACAAAUCCCCAAAGACGAGGACAGAAACGCAAGAAGCUCGAUUGUAUGAGAUAAUUUUUAAAGCGCCUCCAACGAAUUUAUUUCACCUACCCAGAUCAAUUGGAAUUUAUGAUUUAUGAAAGAUAUUGUGUAUUUAUAUUGCAAGCCACGUAUUUCGCUCAUGUAUGGCCUUCGUUGCAAUGUUAUGCUGGUUUGUUUUGUCGACACAUGCCUGAAUUCAUCGAUUGAACACUCAUGGUUACAAUAAACUAUUUUUAUUAAGAAA